CUAAUGCUAACAGGCGUACGUCAAAUCCAUGUAGCAAGUUAGCCAUGCAGCUAGCUAACGUGAUACCGAGGUGUUUUUAAAAACUGCAUUAAUAGACUACACAGACUCCAGUUAACGGCUCAGGUACCACAACGACGGAAAACAGCGAGGAAAGAUGCAAGCCGGUGACUCAGUGGUUGGUGCACCGAUGGCUGUAACUGGUGCUCAGAGUCGGUCGGAGGAUGAAGAGUCACUCGGAGUAAAAGAUGUGAAAAGGACGGCAACACAAGCAUUUGGCAGUGGUGUUCCUAAACGCAGAAGUUCCUCCAGGUCAAUAAAGAGGAAGAAAUUUGAUGAUGAAUUGGUGGAGAGCAGUCUUGUGAAGUCAUCCAGCAGAGUCAAAGGCCCUCCUGUCAUAGAGCCUGUCCGCUGCUCAGGAAGUGAACCUUCAUCUAGUGAGAAAAAAAAGGUGACGAAAACCGGAACCGCUCUCACGCCGCCUCUCACCAUGGUAGUAAACCCUGCACCCAUAACUAAAAGAGUAAAGAAAAGCAAGCAGCCUCUACAUAUUACUAAAGACCUCGGAAGAUGGAAACCCACUGAUGACCUGCUACUAAUAAAUGCGGUGUUGCAGACCACAGACCUAACCUCUGUUCAUUUGGGGGUCAAGUUCAGCUGUCGUUUCACAUUGCGGGAAAUUAAAGAGAGGUGGUACGCGCUCCUCUACGAUCCUGUCAUCUCAAAGCUGGCAUGGCAGGCCAUGCGCCAGCUUCACCCAGAAGCCAUUGCAGCGAUCCAAAGCAAAGCGCUCUUCAGUCAGGCUGAGGAGGCACUGCUGGCCAAGAUUGGUUCAACGAGUCAGCCCAAACUGGACAUGUUCCAGGAGCUUCUCUGCAAACAUCCUGGUGUCUUUCACCCAUCUCGCACCCCCAAGAGCCUGCUGGUACACUGGCAACUGCUGAAGCAGUACUACUUACUGGAUGAUCAGAGCGUCCAGCCUCUCCCUAAAGGGGACCAGGUGCUCAACUUUUCUGAUGCCGAGCAGAUGGUUGAUGAUGUAAAGUUAAAGGAGAGUAGAGAUGAGGUUUUGGAACACGAGCUGAUGAUUUCCGAUCGUCACCAAAAAAGAGAGAUAAGACAAUUAGAGCAGGAGCUGCCUCGGUGGCAGGUUCUCGUGGACAGUAUUACGGGGAUGAGCAUGCCUGACUUCGACAACCAGACACUGGCAGCGUUGAGAGGAAGAAUGGUACGCUAUCUCAUGAGAUCACGAGAGAUUACGUUGGGCAGGGCGACCAAGGACAAACCGAUAGAUGUAGAUUUGUCGCUAGAAGGACCUGCUUGGAAAAUAUCAAGAAAACAAGGAAUUAUUAAACUGAAGAAUAAUGGAGACUUCUUCAUUGCCAAUGAAGGCAGACGACCCAUCUACAUAGAUGGCAGACCGGUCCUGUCGGGAAACAAGUGGAAACUCAACAACAAUUCAGUGGUAGAGAUUGCAGGACUUCGCUUUGUGUUUCUCAUUAAUCUGGAACUCAUCUCACUAAUAAAAGCUGAAGCAGCCAAGAUGACACCGCAGUGACUGUCAGCCAUCCAGCAGCGCGAGAGCAAACACAUAGGACAUACUGGCAGGCGAACAGAUCCAGUCAGUCCAACAGCGGUUAACAGUUCAUCUCCUGAAGAGCAGUAACGCUGCCGCGCACCAGACUGACAGCCAUGCUAACCUGAAAUGUGAAUUUUGAGCAGACUACAGCUGAAUCUGGAGGAAGGUAGUAACAUGUGUUACUCGUUGUUUGGAUAGUUUCCAUGUUGUAAUGUAGACGCACUCAUACUAGAGCCUUCGUUUUUUUGGUUUGGUUUUUUUUUUUUCAGUUUUUCAGAAUAUUGUAUUUAAAUUCCAUAGUAAAACUUUUCCAAAAUAUUAAACUUGUAUACACAAUGUUUUGAAAUUCUCUUUGGAGUCUAGUCUACUUUUGAAACACUAAAUGUGGAGUCAGCAGGUCUGGAGAAACAUUGUUGGUAUUUAAAGUCAGCACCUAACCAAUAUACCCCUCCUGUCAGCGCUCCUUUAAAAGAAUUAAGCACACACUGAACA